UAUAAUUGCCUCUUGGUGGGGGACUUGAAUAAAACCUCCUCCGUGGAAAGUUCUGUUGACAGUACGAGCGAGAGUCCAGUCGAGAUUAUUGUGAAUUAAGAAGAAUUUCUUCAAAGAUGUUUUUGGUGGUUUGUGCAUUAUUGGCUGGAUCAUGGGUGCAAAUCGAUGCCCACUCUUAUCACUUGGGAGUUUGUCCUGUCGUUGAACCAAUUCAAGGAUUUCAAAUGAGCAGGUUUCUAGGAGUAUGGUACGUCAUCCAAAAGACCUCAACUGCUAGCAAGUGUAUUACCUAUAAUUACACACGUGGUGAAGAGCCUGGAGAAUAUGUCAUCACCCAAGAUUCCGAUGUUCCUGUCUUGGGACUGACGCCAUUGAAACACGAGUAUCACUAUACCGGUGAAUUAUCAGUUCCUGAACCCAGUACUCCUGCCCGCAUGAUGGUGCGUUUUCCGUUAAGUGUUGCUGGAAGUGCUUCACACGUGGUCUUCGACACUGAUUACGACAGUUACGCCGGAAUCUUCACGUGUCAAAAAUUAGGAUUUGCUCACCGACAAAGUGCGACAAUCCUCUCAAGACAUCGCGAUUUGGAAAAAGCCUACACCGAUAAAUUACGUCAAAAAUUGUCAACUUUUGGUGUCGAUCCAUUCGACCUCAGUAUCAUCACCCAGACCGGUUGUCCAAUUGGAAACAACUCUCUUGAUAUAAAUAUUAACCCCGGUACCUUCACUGCCGAAAACUUUGGAAAAGUUGUCCGCAAGGCUGGUGAAAAAAUUGGAGAUGGUGUUGAAUGGGUCGGAAAAGCAGGAAGUAAAGUUUACCACAAAAUAACUGGAACCGAAGAGAAACCAGAACCGACACCUGCAUCUGCCAUCCCAAUUCCUGGACAAAAUCCACCAUAUAACAACAGGGAAAGCAUGAACGGUAAAAUCGAAAAUAACGAAGUUGAGUGGAUACCUUAAGAUUAUUUAGGAAAAAAACAUGGUUUAUUGAGAUAAUGUAUCGACGGUUUCAGCUGUUAAUUCUGUAAUCAAUAACAGAUCUGCUAUUUUAUUAAAUCAAAUUAACAAUAGAAAAGUGAAAUUUUGAACGUAAGUUGAAGUUGGCAAUAUGAGAGUUGUUACGUAAAUUAGUGUAUUGUUAGACUAACAAUUAUUAGGACGCCUUUAGAACAAGACUUUAUAAACUCUUUGAAUACUUUGAAUACACGAUUGUGGUAUAUAGACUUCUACUCAUAUGUGGAUAAAAAUUGUAUCUAUGCAAAAUGCGUUAUCAAUAAAAUUACCUUUUCAAGGAAUA